AUGCCCUCCAUCACGGUAGCGGUUGCGCAAUCCCGCACCCUAAACACAACGGCCGAGACCCUCGCCGCCCUCGAACGAACCACCACCCUCGCCGCCCGCCGCGGCGUCCACCUCCUUCUGUUCCCAGAAGCCUACCUGGGCGGCUACCCACGCACCUGCUCCUUCGGUGCGGCGGUCGGCCACCGCCACCCUCGUGGCCGUGAUCAGUUCCUCGAGUAUUUCAAGACUGCCGUGGAUCUGGGCGAUACGCCCGCUGGAGCAGGAGAGGAUUGGGUUCAGCGGAAGCUGGAGGUAGCAGCGGGCAAGUCGCAUCGCGGGGAUGGGACUCGUGAGAUCCUAGAGCGCGUUGCGAGCGAGACUGGCGUUUUCAUCGUUACGGGGCUUGUCGAGAGGGCCGGGGGGAGUUUGUACUGUGCCGUGGUGUAUGUUGAUCCCGUGCGCGGGGUUUUGGGAAAGAGGAGGAAGGUGAUGCUGGGCUCUCUUCUAACGUGUCAGACCGGCGCCGAACGCAUCAUCUGGGCCCAAGGCUCGCCGUCCACUUUACGAGCCGUAACGACGUGUCUCAACGGUAUCCCAGUCACCCUGGCCUGCGCCAUUUGCUGGGAAAACUACAUGCCUCUGCUUCGCCAGAGCCUGUACGCUCAGAAUGUCAACAUCUACCUGGCUCCAACCGCCGACCCCCGCGACACCUGGCUGUCACUCAUGCGUACUGUUGGCUUCGAGGGCCGCUGCUUCGUGCUUUCUGCGAACCAGUGCAUGCGUGCUUCUGAGCUGCCUUCUUGGAUUACUUGCGACCAUGAGGCUGCUGCUAAUCCGGGUCCGGCGCAAGCCGAGCAACCGAAGACGAUGGGCCGCAAGCUUUCUAUUACGACCGAAGGGCCGCAUGAGAUUGUUUGGCCGCAGUGCUCGACUCAGGGGACGGAGAAGGGUGAGUCGGCCAAGGUGUCUUCUCAGGUACCCUCGCGGGUUUCUGAUGAGUACGUCAGUCGGGGAGGUAGCUGUAUUGUCUCUCCGCUUGGCGAUGUUCUGGGGGGGCCGCUCUGGGAGGUGUGUACGGAUGACUCGCCCGAUAGUGAGGAUUCGGCGGUCACUGCGGGCGGUGCCCAGUCUGCUGCUGCUGGAGAUGGACUGUCAAUUGCGCAAAUCGACCUGGAUGACUGUGAGCGUGGACGACUGGAUCUGGAUGUUGCCGGCAGCUACUCUCGCAACGACGCGUUCAAGUUGAACGUCGAGGGCUUGGAUCUAGCGCCGCCCCCGUUGUAA